UGUUUGCCCUGGCUUUAUCCGAGAGCUCGCCUACACUUUAACGCGACCCAUCGAAACCUUCGCUCCCUUUGAUGGAAGACGACGCGACGCGACAGAGGUUGAAGGCGGCGGUGCAUUACACGGUGGGCCGCAUGUGCAAGAUUGUCGGGGCGGAGUACGGCACCGACUUAAGCCGGCAUGUGGUCGCGGCGAUAGCGGAGGUAACGUUCAGGCAGUGCGAUACAUUUGCAAAAGACACAGAGGCCUUUGCGAGGCACGCCAAGAGAAGCACCGUGAUGCCAGAAGAUGUGAGGCUUGUGGCCCGUCGUAGCACUGCUCUGUCCAACUUCAUACAAAAGAAGAUUGAAGAGCUUAAUCAGGAGCAGAGGAAUUCAAAGAAGAAAAACACCAGGAAGAGGAAAAGCAGAGAAGCGGAGGAGAGCAGGGAACAAGACGAUGCAGGCGGGUCUGCUGUGAAUUAGGUGUGUAAAAUAUGUAAGCUGCUCGCAGGAGGCAAAGCAGGCUGCAUUAUGGAAAAGGCAACACCAUCUUGCAUAAACGUAUUCUAGCCAAGCCGUACUUGAUGUUAUUUCUGGAGAGCUGCCUCAUAAAAAAAAAAGGCUUUCAUUGUAGCCUGUUUUUCAAAUUUGUGAUGGGAAAGUAUCUCUAAUGCAGCAACGGUGGCCAACUGUUGUUAAACUUAAGUAUGCUGGUUAAAAUGUCUGCAAAAGUGAAUUACUGCCAUUAAAAACUUUGAUGGCAGGUAUUGUGAAGGGUUCCUGCAGUAAUAGUACUACCCUGGCAUGUUUUGACUGCUUACCGUGUUAAGAGACAUUUGCUUGCGCUGACUAAGUUUGACUUUGGCAAACUUAUACAGGCAGGACACCAUAUGCCGUGGAGUGCCUAUGUACAGGUUUUCCUUCCACUCACUACAUGUUAUUUAACAGAUCUGUUUUAAGCCAGGCACACACUGAAGGACAAUUGGCCAAACUUGAGGCCCAAUUUGAGGCCAUGUGGAAGAGAGUCUUCCCAGAUUGUCCUGUAAUGGGAGGCAUCUGCAGAUUCAAUCUUCAGCCUCCCAAUCAACUUUGCAAGCCAGUCCUGAUGACAAGCACAUUUGAUACUUACAACUGAUUAAAAGUGCUAUAUCGCAAACGUCCCAAUGCUUAGCCACAACGUGCAGGACAUCCAAGAAAAUGGAGUCCGCACACUGAAAUCUUGUCUUCAAAUUUUCUGUGAAAGCUUUUACCAGUGUUUGUUUUGUUUUAUUCAUACUGUUUAUUUUUACUUAUUUGAUCUUAUUUUUACCUUGUCUAGUUUUUUCUUUGUAAAGUGCUUUGUUACGUUUUAGAAAAGUGCUAUAGAAAUUGUGUGAAUGCUCCCAAAAGAAACUUAUUAAAUCGCCAUUUUUGCCUCAGAGAGCCUCUGUCAUGAUUCAAAGGGGGAACAGCGAGAAAAAGUCAAUGGGUGAAUCUGACUAGGAAGGGAACAUUUUUGAACUGAAUGAUUAGUUAGUUGCAUUUUAGGCAAAAGUUGCAAAACAACACACACAAAGCCUAGCAACCUCCAUGUAUUUUGCUCUAGUCACAUUGGAUCACUACUUUCUGCAAGAUUUAGACUUUAAUGGCAGCUGGUCAAAAGUGUCAUACUACCACAAAUAACUAAGAUGGUUGAGUUACAACUGACUGAUGAUUAGUGUAAGUGUGAUGCCGUCUUUGCCCAAUUGUCUAGUGUAUAUGCUCCGACAAUCUGAAACCUGUCUGUAAUGCUAUCAAUAUCCGUUAGGAUUUAAAAAAUCCUUGUGUACCCAGCCUUAGGUUGAAGUUGUGCUAAUCAGUGAAAUCCCUCUAGGUGUUGACUGGAAGGAAGAAACUGCACUCAACACUACAUGUCACACGGUUGCCCAUGUCUGUUCUAGAAUCAACACUCAUCACUCAAAAUUUGUAUUUCAGGCCAUUCUCCUCAGGACACUAACCCCAUCAUGCCCUCCCAGCAUCUUAAGUUAUAUCUAUACAACGAUGCCCUUCAGG